AUGAGGGGGCAGAGGCCUGGCUUCGGGCAGCACUGGGCCCUGCUGCUGCUGGGCCUGGCCACGGGCGCCUGUGGCCUGCUGUCCUCCACCUCGGGGCCUCACAGCGGGACUCCCGGCGCCGGAGUCCCCACAAGGAGCAGCCCGAGGAGCCUGUGGGGCAGGUUUCUGCUCAGGACCGGCCCCCAGGGGCCGGGCCCCCGGUGCUGGCCCGGGUUUUGGUCGGAUCCCCAGUCGUCGUCGUGGUACGUCUUCAGCAGCGGGACGCAGCUCGUCGUCCUCGGCCAGCCCCAGUCCGCGCCCUCGGUCACUCUGUUCCCGCCCUCCCCCGAGGAGCUCCGCACGGACAGGGCCACCCUGGUGUGUCUCAUCAGCGGCUUCCGCCCGGGCCGCGUGACGGUGGCCUGGAAGGCGAACGGCAGCCCCGUCACCCAGGGCGUGGAGACCACCGCGCCCUCCAGGCAGAGCGACAACAAGUACGCGGCCAGCAGCUUCCUGAGCCUGACGCCCGCCAAGUGGCGAUCUGGUGGCAGCUACAGCUGCCAGGUCACGCACGAGGCGGGCACCGUGGAGAAGGCGGUGGUCCCCGCAGAGUGUUCCUAG